UUCCGAAUACGAAUAGACGCUUUGCACAAGAAAAUAAAGCGUUUCCUAGACUUUCAGUUUCGAUUCCGAAAAACAUCUUGACAUGAUGUCGCUAUUAUACGAGGAUAUUGUGAAGUUCGUCGCGAAUAAUCUUAAAUGCUCGAUAUGUAUUGAGAUUUUCACAAAGCCAGUUACACUAGUUUGUGGACAUAACUAUUGUCAGAAGUGCAUCAAUGCAUGUUGGGCAAAGAGCAGCGCAAAACGGGAUUGUCCACAAUGUCGGGCAGAUGUUAGCAAUAGUAAACUAGAGAUGAAUUUCACUCUAUAUAACAUACUGGAAUUACAGGAUCUUGGUGGUCGCGAAAAAUGGGAGCAAAUUCUGGCAGAAAUAGAUCAGGCAGAUCAAACGCAACACGCUGGAAGAACGAUUACAAAAGUGGAGAGUUUAAUGAAACAUCUGGAUUGGUUAAAAGCUGAGACCAAAAAGACAGAAGAUAUACUUUCAGCCGAGCUAAAUUCAAAUCGGACUUGUGAGGGUGGGUUGGGCAUUUAUGAUUCCUCGAUUGUUUCGAUGGAUGUUUCCAGUUCAUCUUUAGACAGUGACGCUUCAAGUUGUUAUGCAAGCAGAAGUUUUAGUCUGACAUCAAUGGAUUAUCAGGAACUACCUUCUCAGUCUGAAGAGGAGAGUUCACAGGAGUUUGUAGAGGAGGCUCCAGAGAAUUCAGAAUCUCUGUUUGAGGAUGUUGAUCUUACUCCCAGUGCAGGAGCACAGUAUUGCAACAGAGACAGUGCUGUGGCUGCUCCUCAUGCAGAGUUUGUUGAGCUUUCCUUUUCUCCCCAGCUUGGAAACAGACGGCUGUUUUUUGACACAGAGAACUGUACAGUGGAAACGCAACAGGGGCACCAAGCUAGAUCAUCAAACGGGCGUUUUGAUGCCUGUCAGUGGAUGGCAAAGCAGAAAUUCAGAGAAGGGUGGGUUUACUGGGAUGUGGACACCACAUUCAGCACUGGAUGGGCUGUUGGUGUGGCGUAUCCCAGUCUGAAGCAUAACGAGAGGUUGGGAAGAACUUCUUCAUCUUGGUGUUUGGAGUGGAGCAGUGGGCAACUGAAUGCUUGGCAUGAUAAUAUAAAGACCUCUGUUAAGCACAGAAACCCUAAUGGAAUCAGAGUCAUUCUGGACAUGGCCAAAGGACAGUUGUCCUUUCAGAGUCUGAGUGAUGACCUGCUUGAAUUAUACAGUUUCCAGGUGGAUUUCUCUGGUCCACUCAUACCCGUUUUCUGGCUUUAUGGAUUGAAACGCAAUGCCUUAAAAUUUCCUAGACACUGAGUUCAGGAUAACAUAGAUCUGUAGUAUUUCUAAUACUUGAUACACUUCAUUUUGUUUAUGGAAUAUGUAUUCUAUUACUAUAAAAAGGAAUCUUGAAUCUUUUUUUCAUAACAUAUAUGUGUAAUCUCAUUAGCUUUCUGGUAUUUAACCAUUUUACCACAAAACCAUAGGACUGAAGAAUGUUCUUUUUUGCUAUCCUGGUUAUUUCUACAAUUUUGGAUUGUAAUAAUGCUAAUAUUGUUGGCUCAUUUAUGAUGUUUUCUUUUUCUUCACUGGAUUCUGGGCAGUAAAAAUAAAAACAUGUAUAAAUGAUUGCAAAUGUUCUUUGCAAAUGCAAAUA